AUGGCAACAGUGGAAAUUCUUCCUCUUAGUCGUACUUUAAAAACAAAUCAACCCAUACUAAUAACUUCAGUAACUACAAAUUCUCCUCUUUCUCUUAUUAAUCACCUUCAUAAAAUUUUUAAUGAUAUUAUUGAAGAAGGAACUACAUAUCCUCAAGAAUUCAGUCUUGAUUAUGAUGGUUUUAUUAAUCUCUUUUUAAGUCAUAAUACCUUCAUUGCUUUGAAAGAUGAUGAUAAUGAAAAUAAUAAAGAAAAUUGGGAAGAUAAAGUGAUGGGUAUGUUCUACAUUAAACCUAAUUAUCCUGGACGAUGUAGUCAUAUAUGUAACGCUGGGUUUGUGGUUCCAUUUAAAUUUAGAAAUUUAGGCGUUGGUAAAAUAAUGGCAGAAUCAUUUCUUUUAUUUGCUCCAUUAUUAGGCUAUAAAUCUAGUGUUUUUAAUUUAGUAUUUGAAAAUAAUAUUGCUUCUAUAAAACUUUGGAGAUCACUUGGAUUUAAAGAAAUUGGAAAAAUACCUAACGCUGCGAGAUUAAAAG